AUGACAGCACAAGUCCUUACCCAUGCCGAUGGGCGCAAAACCGACUACCUCGUCUCUGGGGCACAGGACGGCUUCCCGCUCGUGUUCAUCCACGGCACGCCUGGGUCGUACACGGUCGGGUCCAAGUUAAGCAGCACAUGCGAGAGGAAGGGCAUCAAGCUUAUCACACUCUCGAGGGCGGGUUAUGGCGGCUCGUCACGGAAGCUAGGCCGGCAGGUCGUGGACGCUGUGGCGGACAUCCACGAACUGCUUGAACACCUUGGCGUGAAGAAGUGCAUUGUCGGUGGGAAAAGCGGUGGUGGACCGCACUCUCUGGCCUGCGCGGCCCGGCUCCCAGGGUGCGUGGCAUCUUUAGUUGUGGCUGGCGUAGGACCAUACAACGCAGACGGCCUCGACUUCCUCGCUGGUCAGGGACAGGGCAAUGUUGACGAGUGGGCGGCCGCACUCAAGGGGGAGGAAGAAAUCCAAAAGUUCUGCCAGGCUGAGAGGCCCGGGUUGCUGGCGGCGGACGCGGAGGGGCUGACGAAGGCGCUGCUGUCGACGUUGCUGCCCGAAGUGGACAAGAAGGCGAUGCUGGAGGACGAGAACACGGGCAGCGACAUUGUCAGGACGAUGCGCGAGGCCUUGCGGGUUUCGUGUGAUGGGUGGGUGGACGAUGACCUCGCCUUCAUACAGCCGUGGGGAUUCGAACUUGACGAGAUCAAGGUGCCCGUGUUCCUCUACCAGGGCAGCGAGGACAAGAUGGUGCCUCUGGCGCACGGCCAGUGGCAGGCCGACCACCUCCCAAAGGACAAGGUGAAGGCGCGUCUUGUCGAGGGCGAGGGACACAUCUCCAUCAUGGCGGGAUAUCUGGAGGAGAUGCUGGACAACCUGUUGGCUGUGGCUAGAGAGUAG